UCACAUCACGACUCCGGUCUUCCGUCAGGAUUUUACUCGUUCCCUUCCGAUGUUUUCUCGUCUGAUCGCCAGACUAACGAGAAACACACGUAGAGUCAAAUUCUGUACAUUUCCGGAACGGACAGUUCCCACCCUGGCUUCCUCUACAAUGAGUUCUAACAUGCGGUACAUCCUGGUGUCGGGCGGCGUGAUCAGCGGGAUCGGGAAGGGCGUCAUCGCCAGCAGCAUUGGCACCAUCCUCAAGUCCUGCGGGUUAAAGGUCACAUCCAUCAAGAUCGACCCUUACCUCAACAUCGACGCCGGGACCUUCUCUCCUUACGAACACGGAGAGGUGUUUGUGCUGGAUGAUGGUGGAGAGGUGGAUCUGGACCUGGGGAAUUACGAACGUUUCCUGGACGUGAAGCUGACCCGAGACAACAACAUCACCACCGGCAAGAUCUACCAGUCCGUCAUCAACAAGGAGAGGAAGGGAGACUAUCUGGGCAAGACUGUGCAAGUUGUUCCCCACAUCACUGAUGCUAUCCAGGAGUGGGUGCAGCGGGUUGCUAAGAUACCAGUGGACGGGAAGAACGAGGAACCCGAAGUCUGUGUCAUUGAGCUUGGCGGCACCAUUGGUGACAUUGAAGGCAUGCCGUUUGUGGAAGCGUUCCGACAGUUCCAGUUCAGAGUGAAGAGAGAAAACUUCUGCUGUGUGCAUGUCAGUCUCGUGCCUCAGCCCGGCUCCACAGGUGAACAGAAGACCAAACCCACACAGAACAGCGUCAGGGAGCUGAGAGGGCUGGGUCUUUCUCCUGACCUGGUUGUUGCUCGCAGUCAGAACCCGAUUGGUCAGGGAGUGAAGGAGAAGAUCUCCAUGUUCUGUCACGUGUCGCCUGAUCAGGUGAUCUGUAUCCAUGACUGCAGCUCCAUCUACCGCGUCCCCGUGAUGCUGGAGGAACAGAACGUGAUCCGCUUCUUCUCGGAGCGGCUCCACCUGGAGAUGCCGAGUCGCAACGGCGGCAAGCUGCUCCGCAAGUGGAGGGACCUUUCAGACAGAUUUGACCAUCUGCGGAAGGAUGUGUCCAUUGCCCUGGUGGGGAAGUACACUCAGCUGGAGGAUGCCUACGCCUCGGUCAUCAAGGCUCUCAAACACGCUUCACUCGCCUGCAACCAUAAACUCACACUGAAGUACAUAGAGGCCUGCCACCUGGAGGAAGAGAGCAUGAGCACCAACCCUGUGCGCUAUCACGAGGCGUGGUCCCAGCUCUGUAGCUCUGACGGUGUCCUUGUUCCUGGAGGGUUUGGAGUUCGGGGGGUUGAAGGGAAGAUCCGUGCUGCUGAGUGGGCCAGGAAAAACAAGAGACCUUAUCUGGGAGUGUGUCUGGGAAUGCAGGUUGCUGUGAUCGAGUAUGCCAGGAACGUUCUGGGCUUCAAGGACGCCCACUCCACAGAAUUUGACCCUAAGACAGAGAACCAGGUGGUGAUCGACAUGCCUGAACACAACCCAGGAGACAUGGGGGGAACCAUGAGGCUGGGGCAGCGCAAGACCAUCUUCAAGUCAGACAACUCUGUCCUCAGGAAGCUGUACGGAAAGCCUGACUAUGUUGAGGAGAGACACCGGCACAGAUACGAGGUGAACCCUGAGUACGUAGAGCGGCUACAGAAGAAGGGACUUCACUUCGUGGGGCAGGAUGUGGAGGGGGAGAGGAUGGAGAUCGUCGAGCUGGAAGACCACCCCUUCUACGUCGGUGUGCAGUACCACCCAGAGUUCCUGUCUCGCCCCAUGCGCCCCUCGCCGCCCUACCUGGGGCUCCUCCUAGCGUCCUGCGGCAAACUGCAGUCCUACAUCUCCCGCGGCUGCCGACACUCCCCGCGGGAACCCUCCUUCUACAGCGACACCAGCUCUGAGGAGGACGACCUACCAUCUUUCUCCAGCCCGCCCCGUAACAAUUCACAGUCUUCUGGAGCUGAAUAGGCCUCUCUCUCACUACAGUAGUACUAACUAGCCUCUACCAGGCUUCAGAAGUGGCUGCAGAGAUUGGCCAAAAGAGUGGAAAUUGGCCAAAUAGACAGUUGGCCAAAUAGGGAGUUGGUCCACACAUGGCAAACUAUACAGUAUACUUCUUUAGAACUCCCCUGGCAUGUAUCUGUCUAUUUGGCCAAUAUCUUCAGCUGCUUCCAAAACCUGGUAGAGGUACAGAAAUGUCUCCACUGGAACUGUUCUUUUCAGGGUCUUGUACAGUUGAAAUUGGGCCAUCUUGGAUUUCCAAACUUACUUUCUCUUGACUAAUGUUUCCAGAAACUACAGAGAUUUUUGGUGGAUCUCUUCACAAUAUGACUGUGUGAUGUCCUUGGGUGCCAGGGGCAGUAUACAGGCUAGCUCCUUGGCUGGGAACAGUCUGGCAUCCAGGCUAACUCUGAUUCCUUAGCAUAUCAGUUAGCAUUUCAUGACAUCCAAAGUCUAAAUAAGAAGCAGGUUUUCUACUACAAAGACAAGAACAUCUUUAACUGAGACAGAUAACAUCUUUAACAGUUUGUAUAUGUGCCAUUUUACAGUGACUUGGAGCGAAUGUAUUGUAUUGCGUUGGUACUUAUGAUAAUCUGAGAUUUAAGUUAUGGGAAUGUUUGGACAUGCAGAUCUUUUUCUACCGUCCUGAAUAAGAUCUGUUGUCUCCAAAGUCUCGUGACCAAACCUAGUUGUCAAGUUGCGUUCGUUCUCUCUCUCUGACAAAUAACAGAAAGGACGAAACAGUUUCGGCAGCUAAAAUAGGUUUGGUAAACCAGACUUGAGUCUUUGAAUAUGUCUUAAAAGUAGCCAAAAGACUUAAACAAUGCAAAACCCACAGCACCUAGGCUGGACAAUACUGGUGCCUUCCUUAUACAUGUAUUCCUCAAAGCAAUGACUACUAGUACUAGCUGUAGAAGUUUCAUUGCCAAAGUAACAACAUUUCGGUGUAACGUCGGUAAAUAAUACCUGUUUAUUGUGAUUGUUUCUGCUAUUUUGUCCUGCCAUUUGCUAAACUCUGCACAUCAUUCAUUGUCUCUAGGUUCCCCGUCAUGUACAUACUGGUUUUGUACCUCACCUUGUUUGGUUUGAUAUUUACCUGCUAUAUUAUUAUUAAUGUUUACUGCUAUUGUAAGCUUUUGUUAACUUAUGCUUGAAGUAGGCUUGAUGUUAUCAAUUUCAUUCAUUUUUUUUAUUGUGCUUGCCAAGUAGCUAAUUAAAAUUGUGAGCAUUCUUGUAUGUUAUUCCACACAUUACAACUAACAUGAAACUGUAAAUAUGGAGGAAGGCUUUUUUAUUUUAUUUUUCAGACCUAUGCUAAAUAAAGGUACAAAACAUCAAUACAAUCAUAUAUAUAUCAUGGGAAAUGUAUGCAUGUAGAUAGUUCAAGUGUAAUGGAAUUCAAAUAAAGGUAUUAAAAUUCAGAGUGA